AUGGCAGCCAUCAACCCUUGGCCCUCCUGGGGUACCCUCAUGGACCAGUCUUGGGAGAGGGCACCUGCUGACCUUUCUGCCUCCUGGGCUCUGUGCCCUCAGGGUCCAGCAUGGCACAUGGAAGGAAGCCCCAAGCAGGAGGGAAGAAGGGCAGUUGGGCUCCCCACAGCCCAGGUCCAGGAACCAGUGACUUUCAAGGAUGUGGCCGUGGCCUUCACCCAAGAAGAAUGGGGGCAGCUCGACCUUGUUCAGAGGACUCUGUACCGCGACGUGAUGCUGGAGACCUAUGGACACCUGCUCUCUGUGGGGAAUCAGACUCCUAAGCCUGAAGUCAUUUCUCUGUUGGAACAAGGAGAAGAGCCGUGGUCGGUCGAGCAAGCCUGUCCUGCAAGCGCUUGUCCAGAGUGGAUGAGGGACUUUGAAAGCAAAGCACUGAUUCCAGCACAGCGUGUUUUCGAGGAAGAACAAUCCAAUGGAAUGACAUUAGAAAGAUACGUAUGGGAUGAUCCUUGGCUUUCCAGGCUGGGAGUUUUGGGAUGUGAAAACCAAUUAGAAACGUAUCACAUGAAACAGAGUACAGGUAUGCGGCAAGUGGUCUUCAUGCAGAAACAAGUACUUUCUCAACGAGGUUCUGAGUUCUGUGGACUUGGCACAGAGUAUAGCCAAAGCUUAAACUUGAUUCCAUCUCAUAGAGUUUCUCAAUUAGAACAUUUCUAUAAACCUGAUUCACAUCUUGAAAGUUGGAGAUGUAAUUCAGCCAUUAUGUAUGCAGAUAAGGUUACUGGUGAAAAUAAUGAUUAUGACAAAGCCUUCUGCCAGUCUCUUCAGCCUGUUUAUCCCACAAAAACGCAAACUGGAGAUCAUCUGUUCAACUGCAUGGAUGCUGUGAAGUCUUUCAAUCACAUUAUACAUUUUGGUGACCAUAAAGCAGUACACACAGGAGAAAAACUCUAUGAAUAUAAGGAAUGCCAUCAAAUCUUUAACCAGAGCCCAUUACUUAGUGAACACCCAAGAUUUCAAAUUGGAGGAAACCAGUAUGACUAUAAAGAAUAUGAGAAUAUCUUUUACUUCUCUUCUUUUAUGGAGCAUCAAAAAAUUGGUAGUGUAGAAAAAGCAUAUAAAUACAAUGAAUGGGAGAAAGUCUUUGGGUAUGACUCAUUACUUGCUCAACAUGCAAGGACACAUGCUGCAGAGAAACCCUAUGAGUAUAACAAGUGUGGAACAUCUUUUAUCUGGAGCUCCUAUCUUAUUCAACACAAGAAAACUCACACUGGAGAGAAACCCUAUGGAUGUGAUAAAUGUGGAAAAGCUUUUAGGAAUCGUUCAGCCCUUACUAAACAUGAACGGACUCACACUGGAAUAAAACCCUAUGAAUGUAACAAAUGUGGGAAAGCCUUCAGUUGGAAUUCUCAUCUUAUUGUGCACACAAGAAUCCAUACAGGGGAAAAACCUUAUGUAUGUAAUGAAUGUGGGAAGUCUUUCAACUGGAACUCCCACCUUAUUGGACAUCAGAGAACUCACACUGGAGAGAAACCUUUUGGGUGUACUGAAUGUGGGAAGUCUUUUAGCUGGAGUUCCCAUCUUAUUGCCCACAUGCGAAUGCACACUGGAGAGAAACCCUUUAAAUGUGAUGAAUGUGAGAAAGCUUUCAGGGAUUAUUCAGCUCUUAGUAAACAUGAAAGAACUCACUCUGGAGCAAAACCAUAUAAAUGUACUGAGUGUGGAAAGUCCUUCAGCUGGAGUUCCCAUCUCAUUGCUCACCAGAGAACCCACACGGGAGAGAAACCUUAUAACUGUCAAGAAUGUGGCAAAGCUUUUAGAGAGCGUUCAGCCCUUACUAAGCAUGAAAUUAUUCAUUCUGGAAUUAAGCCCUAUGAAUGCAAUAAAUGUGGAAAGUGCUGCAGUCAGAUGGCUCAUCUUGUUAGACAUCAAAGGACUCAUACUGGAGAAAAACCCUAUGAAUGCAAUAAAUGUGGAAAAUCCUUCAGUCAGAGCUGUCACCUUGUUGCUCAUCGGAGAAUUCACACUGGUGAGAAACCUUAUAAAUGUAAUCAAUGUGAAAGAUCCUUUAAUUGUAGCUCUCACCUUAUUGCACACCGGAGAACUCAUACCGGAGAGAAACCAUAUAGGUGUAAUGAGUGUGGGAAGGCAUUUAAUGAGAGUUCUUCCCUUAUUGUACACUUGAGAAACCAUACUGGAGAGAAACCUUACAAAUGUAAUCACUGUGAAAAAGCUUUCUGUAAGAAUUCUUCCCUGAUUAUCCAUCAGAGGAUGCACAGUGGAGAGAAACGCUUUAUAUGCAAUCAGUGUGGAAGAGCCUUUAGUGGUCACCCAGCUUUACUUCAACAUCAGAAAAAUCAUAGUGAAGAGAAACUGUAAUUGAAUUGGUCAAAAACUUUUUUAUUAAAUGUUUGACAGCCAACACAUUGAAG